AUGCUGCGAUUCCCCAUCGUUAUGUUUCUCUUCGUUUCUGGUAAAUUACCAUCUGAAUCUUUUGUUCUCUACGGCCUCCCUUCCAGCUAUCUUUGCUGCUCCGGAGAUGAAAACCGACGAAAAGGCGGGAUUGGAUGUUCUGUUCAACAAACUAAUGAAGAAGCAGGAGACUGUCAAAAACUCCCGGCUCAUUGACUUUAUCAGCCGCGGCGCCCCCGCCGGAGUCGAUGCUCCGAUGCCCUCCAUUGCCGAAUACGAAACAUUCAGAUCGGACAAAUCGGUCAACUUCCUGAGCGACGGAAACGGGCACAUUGUCUUCCGUCAAUUCAGAAGAAUCCGCAUCUCUGAUGUAAGUUAUUAUCUAUCUUGUUCCUCAUUUCAAAAGUUCACUUUCAGCUGCUCGGAUCUCAAAUGAAGAACCGUUCAGGACUCAAAACUUAA